AUCAGGCCCUGCAUCAUUGUCAAAGUAAUAGUGGAGUUAUAUGUCUUGUAAUGUUCACCACAUGGCCACCAUGCCGUUCAAUCCCAACAAGUACAGCGACGAAGUCCAGAAAGUGUCCAAGGACACCGCUCUGGAGGAAAUCAUCUAUCUACUCAAACGAGAUGGAGGCGUAUUCGUGAAGGGCCUCAUCUCGGAAGCAGAUGUCAACCAAGCUCACCAAGAAGCCAAACCUCGUCUGGACGCAGAUGUGGAAUGGAAUGGCUCCUUCUUUCCAGCACAAACUCAACGCGCACCGUCUCUGAUCGCGCACAGCCCGACCUACACCAAGACUCAAGUCAUGAAUCCGCUGUUCCGCCAAGUCUGCGACCAUUUUCUAACCUCCCGACGAUGGUACUGGUGGGGAGAAGAGAAGAAGAUGUCUCUGUCUAAGCCGUACGUGCACUCCUGCACGGCCAUGAGGAUCGGCCCCGGCGCCAAGGCGCAGCCCUUGCAUCGCGAUGAUUACAUUAACCAUCGCUAUCAUGCCGAAAUUGGCCAGUGGGAUGAUGUGCGGGAUAUGGAACGCGAGUCUGCCGUUGGUCUCUUUGUAGCUGGCUGUCGCGUCACUCGGGAGAAUGGUGGAACGCAGUUUAUUCCUCGCAGCCAUCUCUGGGGCACAGAUCGCACUACACCUCCAAAGGUCGAGCAAUGUAUCUUCGCCGAUAUGGAGAAAGGCGAUGGCUUUAUCAUGCUCGCCUCGGCAUUUCAUGGAGGGGGCUCGAACAUCACCAAAGACGAGUACAGGCUAGUCUUCGCCACGUUCGUUGUUCGAGGCUACCUGCGCCAAGAAGAGAACCAGUUCCUGGCGGUGCCGGCGGAUGUCGCGCGCAGGUAUGACCGGGAGACUUUGGAGUUUAUGGGCUAUGCCAUGAGCGAGCCAGCUUGUGGUUACGUGGAACAGAUGGAUCCCAUUUAUCAUCUUUGCCCGGAGCUUAGGGAAAACGAGCGGCCGCGGGACUUUUAGUUGAUAUUCCGGAGGUAAAUCUGUCCAUAGUGUAUGCUGUCAUCAUUUUUACAAGAAUCGCCUGUACAAGUCCAUGCUGUAGACUGAACCUAAGGUGUCUGCAAUAUUUUACGGGUAGACCAUGGUAAAAUGGAGAAGAUGGG